GAAUUUUCAAUCGCAGUGCAGUUUUCAGAAGUAGGAACUGCUUCUGCUAUUUAAAACAUAAAUUUAAUAAUAAUUUCACAAAGUUUCAAGAUGAAAUUUCUAUUUAUUGUUCCCAUGGUACUUGCACUCUCUCAUGGCAGCGUGGUCCCUAAGUCCCUGCUGUGGCGAGGCACGACCCGCAUCGUGGGCGGCGCGGACGCCCCGGCGGGCGCGGUCCCGUACCAGGUGUCGCUGAGGCAGUUCGGCUCCCACUUCUGUGGCGGCUCCAUCAUCAGCAGCCGCUUCGUGCUGACGGCCGCGCAUUGCGCUGAGGGCAGCAUCGCCGCCUUCACCAAAGCAACCGUCGGCUCCAACCUUCUGAACCAAGGGGGCAAGUCGUACCCAGUAGACAAGUUCAUCAUCCACGAGGACUAUGACGGCUACGUCAUCAAGAACGACAUCAGCCUCGCCAAGUUGUCUGAGCCUAUCAAGUUCAAUAUCAACGUGCAGCCGAUUCCUCUGCCGGAGCAGAACACUGAGGGUGGCGCUGAUCUGCUGCUGUCUGGAUGGGGGACCACUGCCAAGAUUGUUAAUUACCCCGGCAGUACUCCCAACGAGCUGCAGUGGAUCAACCUGACGGCGCUCACGGUGGACGAGUGCCAGCGCCGCCUCGCUGCCAUCAACCCCGUGUAUGACAACCAGAUCUGCUCGCUCACCAAGACUGGCCAGGGAGCUUGCCAUGGUGACUCCGGUGGUCCGCUGGUGGCCGACGGCGCCGUAGUGGGCGUGGUCUCGUGGGGCAUGCCGUGCGCCCGCGGGUACCCUGACGUCUACACCAGGGUCUACUCCUUCAAGGCCUGGAUCCAGAAGGAGAUGGACGAGAACUCCAGUUAGAUUGCGCGGAGUUUUAAAAGCAUGCGUCAAAUGUAUUGGUCAAUUUAGCUUCAUUAAAGUUUUGAAAUUCAAA